AUGCACGUGCUGGGGGCAGCGCUUGUGCACUGGAUCAACCAUGGGCUUCGCGGCUUGCGCCUCUCCGACGUUGGAUUGGACGAUUCUGGCGCGGCCGUGCUGGCGACGGUGCUGCGCCACGCCUCGAAUACAGCGCCUUUGACGCUCUCGCUGGUCGACAAUAAUCUUUCCCUGGUCGGUGUCAUUGACCUCCUCGCCUCUCUCGCGUCGUGCACAUGUGUGCGCGCUGAAAUCGAGGUGUCCGAGACCCUCCAAGGACACAUGGACGAGCUCGUCGCCGUCGCCACCAAUGUCGGUAUCAAAGCGAUCUGCGACGACGACGUCUUCGAAUUCUAUAGCCCGCUUGCGAUAUAA